AUGGCGAGUGUGGUUGUGAAGACGAUCUGGCAGUCCAAGGAGAUCCAUGAGGCCGGAGACCCCCCUGCAGGUGUCGAGAGCCGAUCCCAGCUGGUCCCAGAGGCUCCCGGGGGGGUGACCAACCCAGCCAAGGGGAUCACGAAGAAAAAGAAAGCCGUGUCGUUCCACGGGGUGGAACCCCGGAUGUCCCAUGAGCCGAUGCACUGGUGCCUGAACCUCAAGCGGUCCUCGGCCUGCACCAAUGUGUCGUUGCUCAACCUGGCCGCCGUGGAGCCCACCGACUCCUCGGGGACAGACUCGACCACGGAAGACAGCGGUCCACUGGCACUGCCCGGGCCCCCGGCCUCCCCCACCACACCUUGGGCUCCAGAUGACCCGGACAUCACGGAACUUCUGAGCGGGGUCAACAGUGGAUUGGUCCGGGCCAAAGACUCCAUCACCAGUUUGAAGGAAAAGACCACCCGGGUUAAUCAGCAUGUGCAGACCCUGCAGAGUGAGUGUUCGGUGCUGAGCGAGAAUCUAGAGAGAAGGCGGCAAGAGGCUGAAGAGUUGGAAGGGUACUGUAGUCAACUCAAGGGCCCCCGCCCUGGUGUCCUGACCCAGGAGAACUGCCGGAAGGUGACCCGGUCGGUGGAAGACGCUGAAAUCAAAACCAACGUCUUGAAGCAGAACUCUGCCCUACUGGAGGAGAAGCUGAGAUACCUGCAGCAGCAAUUGCAGGAUGAGACGCCGCGGAGGCAGGAGGCCGAGCUACAGGAGCUGGAGCAGAAGCUGGAGGCCGGCUUCUCCCGGCACGGCCUGGGCUCUGCUGGUCCCAACCUGGGCUGCUCCGGCCCACCAGGGAGUCCCGAAGAACCCCCUCGGCUGCGCGGCCUGGUGGGCUGGGGAACCGCACCCCGGUCAGGAGAGAGCCCCUAUGGGAGCGAUCAGGAGCUGCAGAAGGUCUCCGCCGGUCUUGAGGAGUUGAGGAGGGAGGUGUCCUCGCUGACCGCACGGUGGCAUCAGGAGGAGGGGGCUGUGCAGGAGGCCCUGCGGCUGCUAGGGGGCCUGGGCGGCAGGCUCGACGGCUUUCUGGGCCAGUGGGAGCGGGCGCAACGCGAGCAAGCUCAGACCGCCCGAGGCUUGCAGGAGCUUCGGGGUCGGGCAGACGAGCUGUGCACCAUGGUGGAGCGAUCAGCUGUGUCUGUGGCUUCACUGAGGAGCGAAUUGGAGGGGCUUGGCCCAGUGAAACCGAUUCUGGAGGAGUUGGGGCGGCAAUUUCAGAACCCCCGAAGAGGACCUGACCACUCCAUGAGCCUGGAUCGAUCCACGCAAGGCUCCUGUGCCCGCUGUGCCAGCCAGGGGCAGCAGUUGUCUUCGGAGUCCCUGCAGCAUCUGCUGGAGCGAGCGCUGACCCCGCUAGUGGACGAGGUGAAGCAGAGGGGCCUGGCUCCUGCUUGUCCCAGCUGCCAGAGGCUACACAAGAAGAUUCUGGAGCUGGAGCGCCAGGCCUUGGCCAAACACGUCAGGGCAGAGGCCCUGAGCUCCACCCUUCGGCUGGCCCAAGACGAGGCCUUGCGGGCCAAGAACCUGCUGCUGACGGACAAGAUGAAGCCGGAGGAGAAGGUGGCCACUCUGGACUAUCUACACCUGAAGAUGUGCUCCCUCCACGAUCAGCUCAGCAACCUGCCACUUGAGGGGUCCACGGGGACAAUGGGGGGAGGAAGUAGUGGGGGGGCUCCCCCAAAACGUGGGGGUCCAGCCCCUGAGCAAUAAAUGGCCUCUCAUGCUGGCA